AUGGAGAAACAGGACCCGGCAGGCCCAAGGCCAGCAGAGAGCUUGGACAGAGCAGGAAGAGAGAACUUUGCCAUACGUCCGGGAGCCAUCCGGGAGCUACCUUGCUGGGCAGUGCCACGCCAGGAGGGCAGCAUACCUCAGCACUUGCACACCCAGUGGCAGGAUUUCCUGAAGACCAUGCAGUCCCCUCACGCAAGAUGGGGGAACCCGCCAUUGCCAGAGCUGACCUCCUGGGACGACCUGGUUGCUUUCGAGAGGGUCUUUGGCGCCUGCCAGUGGCCCAGGGGAGAUGCUCUGACCCGGCUGAUGCCGGCCUUCAGCGCGGAAGCCCACCAGGCUCUGAGCAGCCUGGCCUCCAGAGACAAGAUGGACUACGGGAAGGUGAAGGCCGCCUUCCUGCAAGGGAACUCCACCGGCACGGAGAUCCAUCGCCAGCGCUUCCGGCAGUUCUGCUACCAGGAGGCUGAGGGGCCUCGGGAGGUUUGCGGCCGGCUGAGGGAGCUCUGCCACUGCUGGCUGGAGCCCGAGAGCCGUACGAAGGAGCAGAUUGUGGAGCUGCUGAUCCUGGAGCAGUUCCUGACCAUCCUGCCUCAGGAAAUCCAAAGUCAGGUCCGGGAUCGGAGCCCAGAGACCUGCGCCCAAGCAGUGGCCCUGGCGGAAGGCUUCAUUCUGAGGCAGCAGGAAGGCGAGGAGCAGGAAGAACAGGUGAGGGAAGCAGCAAAGGCAGAAACAGGGUAAAAAGUGCAGGCCAGUGGUUCUCAAACUUUUUUCUCUGGCCACACUUUUAGAAUAAAAACUUGCUCGUGCCACCACCAGAUUUUUUACAGACUGGAAAACAGGAUCUCCUAGCAGCGCUCAAUAUAUAACAUAAAGGUAAAGGUAAAGGGACCCCUGACCAUUAGGUCCAGUCGUGGCCCAAUUCUGGGGUUGCGGUGCUCAUCUUGCUUUAUUGACCGAGGGAGCCGGCGUACAGCUUCCGGGUCAUGUGGCCAGCAUGACUAAGCCGCUUCUGGCGAACCAGAGCAGCGCACGGAAAUGCCGUUUACCUUCCUGCUGGAGCGGUACCUAUUUAUCUACUUGCACUUUGAUGUGCUUUCGAACUGUUAGGUUGGCAGGAGCAGGGACUGACCAAUGGGAGCUCACCCCGUUGCAGGGAUUCGAACCGCUGACCUUCUGAUUGGCAAGCCCUAGGCUCUGUGGUUUAACCCACAGUGCCAGCCGCGUCCCAACAUAGAACACAACUAUUCAAUAAAUAAUAAUAGUUGUGUUCUAUGUCAAUAUAUAACAUAGAACACAACUAUUAUUAUUUAUUGAAUUUAUAUACCACCCUAUACCUGGGGGUCUCGGGGCGGUUCACAGAAUAAAAUCGAGAUAUAAAAUCACAGAAUACAUACAGUGGUACCUCGGGUUACAGACACUUCAGGUUACAGAUGCUUCAGAUUACAGAUUCCGCUAACCCAGAAAUAUUACCUUGGGUUAAGAACUUUGCUUCAAGAUGAGAACAGAAAUUGUGCUCCGGCAGUACAGCGGCAGCAGCAGCGGCGGCGGGAGGCCCCAUUACCUAAAGUGGUGCUUCAGGUUAAGAACAGUUUCAGGUUAAGAACAGACCUACAGAACGAAUUAAGUUCUUAACCCCAGGUACCACUGUAUAUAAAAACAACAACUCAAUAGCUCCCCCCCCCAAUAACAUUUGAAAAGGGUAUAGGAUGUCAAUCAGAUCAACCAAAGGCCUGGUUAAAAAGGAAUGUUUUUGCCUGGCGCCUAAAGGUAUACAGUGGUACCUCAGGUUACAUACGCUUCAGGUUACAUACGCUUCAGGUUACAGACUCCGCUAACCCAGAAAUAGUGCUUCAGGUUAAGAACUUUGCUUCAGGAUGAAAACAGAAAUUGUGCAGCGGCGGUGCAACAGCAGCAGGAGGCCCCAUUAGCUAAAGUGGUGCUUCUGGUUAAGAACAGUUUCAGGUUAAGAACAGACCUCCGGAAUGAAUUAAGUACUUAACCUGAGGUACCACUGUAUAAUGAAGGAGCCAGGCGAACUUCUCUAGGGAGAGCGUUGCACAGACGGGGGGCCACUGCAGAGAAGGCCCGUUCUCAUGUUGCCACCCUCUGGACCUCUCGAGGAGGAGACACAUGAAGAUGAUGAUCUUUGUAAGAUGAUUAUGGGACAUCCAGGAAGUAUAAAACAAUGCAGCCAUGUAAGAACGUGGAUCAUUCCCAAAAUAUAAUUAUAAAUGACCAUGUUACAUAUGUACCUUAAGUAGGUAAACAAACUCAACGAGAGGUGUGAGUUUGCAGUAUCGCUUGGUGCUUUUGAAAAGAUAUCUGUGCAUAUUCGGCAAAAAAAAUAUUUUGAUACUAUACUAUUUACUACACUGAAAUGUGUAAAUGUUUCUUAGAUUGUCCUUGAAUCUUUCCACCACACUUGCCAGCCUCUCUUGCCACACCCUUUGAGAACCACUGUUUCUUUCUCUGUCUCCCCCUCUCUCUUUUUCUCUUUCUGCAUGAAACCAAAUGCCACUGCUGGGGUGUCAUGUGGCUGGGGUUGUGGCUGCUGUCAUGAUGAGUUCCUGCACUUCAAAAUUCACCGCUGCCCUACUGCAUUUAACCCAGUCCUGUCCAUCUGGACUGGCAGGAAGUUUCCUACCCCGUUUUUCAUGAUCUCACACACAGGUUGUUUUUAACUCUGCUGUCCCAGGUCCAUUGAAUGGGUAUGCUAGGAAUCGAGGUUUUCAUAUAUGCAAAGAACAUGUCAGGAGUAAGCAUGGACCAAUGGUACCAAAUAGUAUGGGAAACAGCCCUACUAGAAAAAUUAACUAAUAAACUGAAACUGACACGGGGACAAACAGAAGAAGACGCCUUCACCCCGGUAUGGCUCGCCUUUAUCACAUACACAGCCCAACAGGACAAUGACAACAAUCCACCAACAGCAUACAAAUCAAUAUGGCUAACCUGAUCCAAAACACCCACCCACCUCACUCACACACGAAAACAAAGAUCACCACAGCCAAUCACAAGCAAACAAUCACACCCUAGGCCAACCCCAACCUCUCUCACCACCAAAGGAACACAAGUGAACAACACAAGCAACGCUGACACCAAACUCUACAUAUAUUAAACAUAAUAGAAACACCGCCACCCGACCCCACCCCCAUCCAUCUUCCCUCUCUCCACCCCCCCUUUCUUUUUUCUUUUUUCUUUUCUUCUCCCCCUAAUGCCUCAACAAAUGAAACGGAUUUGUAAAAAGGUUACAUGAAAAAAAAACACGAGGCACUACACUUCUGUAAAACAAGAAAAUCCUUAAUAAAAUAUUUUAAAAAAUAUAUAUAUAUAUAUGCAAAGAACACCCUCUACUGCUGGGCUGCCAGCCUCUUUGUGAGCAGGACUUUCAAUGCUGUUUCAGGGGCAUGAGCCGUUCCGAGAGGUGGCUGUGGAUUUUUCUGAAGCGCAGAGAGCUCCGCUGGAUGCCAGGCAGAGGCAGCUUGGCAGGGAGGUCAGGAAGCAAGAUAACGGCGGCACCUGCCUAGUGGGUAAGACUCCCUUUGGUACAAUUGGUGUUGAGUCUUACAUGCUCUUGGUGCCCACUGAAAAUGUGCUUCUUCGCCUAGAGUGGAAUUCCAUUUUCCUCUCUUCCAUUUGUUCUGUCUGCACAAUCAUUUCAGCUCUCCAGACGGAACGAUACCCCCUUUCCUCCCUCCCUCAAUAUGCUGUUCUGCAGAUUCUCUGGACCCUCCCUAAGCCAAUUUGAAGAGGGGGUGCAUGGGGGAAGGAGAUUAGUUGACAACACGGCACAGGGGCAAGUGGGGCUGGUUAAAUGUAUCCCACUCCUAGGGUGGAUCUUCACUCAUGGUUUUUAAUGUUAAGGAAUAAUAAUAAUAAUAAUAAUAAUAAUAAUAAUAAUAAUUUAUUAUUUAUACCCUACCCAUCUGGAUGGGUUUCCCCAGCCACUCUGGGUGGCUUCCAGCAAAAUACAGUGGUACCUUGGGUUACAUACGCUUCAGGUUACAUAAUCUUCAGGUUACAGACUCCGCUAACCCAGAAAUAUUACCUCGGGUUAAGAACUUUGCUUCAGGAUAAGAACAGAAACCGCACAGCGGUGCCGCAGCGGCAGCAGGAGGCCCCAUUAGCUAAAGUGGUGCUUCAGGUUAAGAACAGUUUCAGGUUAAGAAUAGACCUCAAGUAUGAAUUAAGUUCUUAACCCGAGGUACCACUGUAUUAAAAUACAAUAAUUCAUCAAAUAUUAAAAACUUCCCUAAACAGGGCUGCCUUCAGAUGUCUUCUAAAAGUCUGGUAGUUGUUUUUUUCUUUGACAUCUGGUGGGAGGGCGUUCCACAGGGCGGGCGCCACUACCGAGAAGGCCCUCUGCCUGGUUCCCUAUAACCUCACUUCUCGCAGGGAGGGAACCGCCAGAAGGCCCUCGGCGUUGGACCUCAGUGUCCGGGCAGAACGAUGGGGGUGGAGACGCUCCUUCAAGUAUACAGGACCGAGGCCAUUUAGGGCUUUAAAGGUCAGCACCAACACUUCGAAUUGUGCUUGGAAAUGUUUUGGGAUCCAAUGUAGGUCUUUCAGGACCGGUGUUAUGUGGUCUCGGUGGAAGAGUUAAGGAAUGGUUUUCAUAACUUAGAAGGACACAUUACAUUCUACUUUUAACAUUCAUAAUGUGCUAUUAAAAUGGGUGCUGAAGAGCAACCAGGAACCAGCAGUAGGGAAGCAGCAUUUUUACAGAGAAAACAAGGAAAGGAAUGUUUUUAAUUUACAAGUAUGCCCUGUGACGUUUUAGAACGAUAUAAAGUGGUACCUCAGGUUACAGAUGCUUCAGGUUACAGAUGCCUCAGAGGCUGCUACUUCUCCUUCCCUAAUCAUUGGGCUAGCCCUAUACAGUGGUACCUCGGGUUUCAGACACUUCAUGUUACAGACGCUUCAGGUUACAGACUCCGCUAACCCAGAAAUAGUACCUCGGGUUAAGAACUUUGCUUCAGGAUGAGAACUGAAAUUGCAUGGCAGCAGCGGGAGGCCCCAUUAGCUAAAGUGGUACCUCAGGUUAAGAACAGUUUCAGGUUAAGAACAGACCUCCAGUUCUUAACCCGAGGCACCACUGUAUCUAAUAUCGUUCUAAUAACGUUGAAAAGGUCGGUGUAGAUCCAGCCCUAGUUUUUCUUGGCCCCAUCUUCCUCCCACCUUACAAUGGCCCACGGCCCAACAUUGUCAUUUGCCUCCUCACCCUCCAGGCACCACUAACACAGCCAGCAGAACCGAGGAGCAAUUUGAACACCAGGGAUCGAGGAGGGAAGACGUAGAGGAAGAGGCGGCAGCGCCCGCAGCCCCAGAGGGAGCCCAAAGGAAAGAGAAAUCCCACCUCUGCAUCGAAUGUGGCAAGAGCUUCACCCGCCCCUCGGACCUGGCCAAGCACCUGAACGUCCACACAGGAGAAAAGCCCUACCUGUGCGUCGAGUGCGGGAAGAGCUUCAGCCAGCUCUCACACCUUACGAGACACCAGAAAAUCCACUCGGGAGAGAAGCCCCACAUCUGCUCCGAGUGCGGGGACACCUUCAGCCAGCGAGCGUACCUUGUCAGUCACCAGAGAAGCCAUUCGGGAGAGCAGCCCUACCGCUGCUCCUACUGCCAGAAAUGCUUCAGCCACCAGUCGGCCCUGAAGAUCCACGAGCGGAACCACAUGGGGCAGAAGCCCUACGCCUGCGCCGACUGCGGGAAACGCUUCGUCUCCUCUUCCUCCCUCACCACCCACCGGAGGAUCCACACGGGGGAGAAGCCCCACGCCUGCAGCGUGUGCGGGAAGAGGUUCAUCCAGCACUCAAACCUCGUCUCCCACCAGCGGACGCACUCGGGGGAGAAGCCCUUCUCCUGCAAAGUGUGCGGCCGGAGGUUCGCCUACCCGUCCGACCUCACCAGGCACCAAAAGAUCCACACGGGAGAGAAGCCCUACCCGUGCGACGAGUGCGAGAGGCGCUUCACCAGGCUCUCGGACCUGAUCACGCACCAGAGGAUCCACACGGGGGAGAAGCCCUACCGCUGCAUGGAGUGCGGGCGGAGGUUCAGGCAGAGGGGGGUGCUGGUGAAACACCAGAAGUGCCAUUCGAAAGAGAACCCGAGAGGAGGCGAGUCGGCGGAGUCUCAGCCCGGCGGCGAGUUCAAACUCUGCGAGAUCAAGCAAGAGAAAGAAGAACUGGAGAGCCUGGCAGAAUCCGGUUUGAUUCCCUCUCCCAGCUCCUGA